AUGCUGAAGAUGAUGAGAGCAAUGUGUCACUGCAGACAAGAAAAAUAUUAUGACACGGAAGCAUUGAUUUUUAAAGCGGCUGACCAUAACUGCCCUGCAUUAGUGCUGACAGAUCAGUUACACUUUGCUUCAACUCAUGGUGUAUCAUGCUUAUUGUUUCACGACACUAUUUCUAAGAUUGGAGAGAUUGUUUCCUGA